AUGGGGAGAACCAGACGCAGAGAAACCGAGAGAGAUGCUAGCUAUUGUUUCCUUUUCAUCAAAAACCUGGAAGGGGCAGCUCUCGAGUGGUUUUCCUGCCUUAAGCGGAACUCAAUCGGAAGUUUUCGCCAGCUUGCAUCAGAGUUUCUCAAACACUACUCUAUGUUCAUAGAUAGAGAAACCUCCGACGUCGACCUCUGGAGCCUUUCCCAAAGGGAAGACGAGCCUCUCCGCGAUUUCAUAAGCAGGUUCAAGCUAGUCAUGUCCAGGGUCAGCAGAAUUAGCGACAAGGUAGCCAUCGACGUGCUCAGAAAAACGCUCUGGUACAAGUCGAAAUUCAGAAAGUGGAUAACCCUGGACAAGCCGCGUACAAUCCAGGAUGCUCUUCACAAAGCAACCGACUACAUCAUCAUCGAAGAAGAGACGAGAGUCCUGUCGCAAAAACAGAAGCCGACGAAAUCGUCUUCGAAGGACGCAGACCAAAAGCCCAAGAAGAAAAGCUCUCGUAACGACAAGUACGUCCAUCAUGAGGGAGAAGAACUCCAAGGAGCGCAUAACUACGCGAUCAACUCAGAGCAGGGUAGGACUUCAGGCAAUACAUGGAUCCGAAAUCCCAACUACUACGAGAACACCUACUGUGAGUUCCAUCAGACCCGAGGGCACGCCACAAUCAACUGUAAAGUCCUUGGUGCAAGAUUGGCGGCGAAGCUACUCUCCGGGGAACUCUCCGAAAUCACUAGUGUCAAGGAUCUCAUCCGCGAGACGGAUCGUCCCCCAAAGACUGACAAAAGUUCACCCCCGGAAGCUCCUCCUCAGGGAAACCAAUCGGGAGAUAAGCGCGGAACGAGGCAAGACGACAAGGGACAGCAAUCGCCGUAG